GAAGGCGUGGGACCCGGGAACAGAACAGAACUGAGUAAGGCCCUAGAACGCAGGACUACAGACUCCAAGGCUGCACCUGCUAGACACCCAAAAGCUCCCGACUCCAGGCCAGACCCUCGAAUGGCUCACGCCCAGACACAGGUGGCUCCUGCACCAACCGUCCAAAUGAGGACCAGAAAAGAGGACCUCUCCCUCCCUCCUCCCCCAGCCCUGGAGGGUCUGCCGCUGCCUCCACCCAAGGAAUCCUUCUCCAGGUUCCAGCAACAGCGGCAAGCCAGCGAGCUCCGCCGUCUCUACAAGCACAUCCACCCUGAGCUUCGAAAGAACCUCGAGGAAGCUGUGGCCGAGGACCUGGCCGAGGUGCUGGGCUCAGAGGAGCCCACCGAGGGCGAUGUUCAAUGUAUGCGCUGGAUCUUUGAGAACUGGCGACUGGAUGCCAUUGGUGACCAUGAGAGGCCAGCCGCCAAGGAACCUGUGUCAGGUGGCAAUGUUCAGGCCACCUCUAGGAAGUUUGAGGAAGGUUCCUUUGCCAGCACCCCAGAGCAGGAGCCAGCUGGGUCCCGGCCAUCUGGAGGCGAUGUUCAAGCUGCCCGACAGCUGUUUGAGACCAAGCCGCUGGACGCACUGACAGUCAGGGAGGAGGCGGCAGAGGCCACCGCGAAGGAGCCUGCAGCCAGUGGAGACGUACAGGGUACCAGAAAGCUCUUUGAGACGCGUCCUCUGGACCGGCUCGGGUCCCGCCCCUCUAUCCAGGAACGGAGCCCCUUGGAGCUGCGCUCAGAGAUUCAGGAGCUGAAGGGUGACGUGAAGAAGACAGUGAAGCUAUUUCAGACGGAACCUCUGUGUGCCAUCCAGGACGCAGAGGGCGCCAUCCAUGAAGUCAAGGCUGCCUGUCGGGAGGAGAUUCAAAGCAACGCAGUGAGGUCAGCUCGUUGGCUCUUUGAGACCCGACCUCUAGAUGCCUUCAACCAGGAUCCCAGCCAGGUGCGGGUGAUUCGGGGGAUCUCCCUUGAGGAGGGAGCCCUGCCGGAUGUCAGUGCGACUCGUUGGAUCUUUGAGACUCAGCCUCUGGAUGCCAUCCGCGAAAUCUUGGUGGACGAGAAGGACUUCCAGCCAUCUCCAGAUCUCGUCCCUCCUGGUCCAGAUGUUCAGCAGCAGCGACGUCUGUUUGAGACCUGUGCCCUGGAUACUCUGAAGGGGGAAGGAGACGCUGGGGCAGAGGCUCCACCCAAGGAGGAGGUGAUCCCUGGUGAUGUCCGCUCUACACUCUGGCUGUUUGAGACCAAACCCCUGGAUGCUCUUAGAGACCAGGUCCAAGUGGGCCAUCUACAACGGGUGGGUCAUCAGAAGGGUGAGGGGCUAACGACCGCCUGUCUGCCUAGUGAUGGCACUUCAGCAUUGCCUCUGUCUCAAGGUGCCCCCCAGAGUGAUGGGUUGAAGGGGGACGUGAAAACCUUCAAGAAUCUUUUUGAGACCCUUCCCUUAGACAGCAUCGGUCAGGGUGAGCCUUUAGCCUGUGGAAAUAUCAACCCAGCACAAGCAGCUGAUUCUGCCAAACAGGGCACAGAUUCCCCCGUCUAUGCCAUGCAGGACAGCAGGGGACAGCUCCACGCCCUAACUUCUGUCAGCAGAGAGCAGAUAGUCAGAGGCGAUGUACAGGGCUACAAGUGGAUGUUCGAGACGCAGCCCCUGGACCAGCUGGGCCGGAGCCCCAGCACCAUUGAUGUCGUCCGAGGCAUCACUCGGCAGGAUGUGGUGGCUGGGGAUGUCGGCACCAGGCGGUGGCUCUUUGAGACACAGCCACUGGAGAUGAUCCACCAACAAGAGAGACAGAAACGACAGGAGGAGGACGGGGAGGGUCCGGAAACCCCUUCUGAGUCCCCCCAAAAAGGCGACGUGCAGACCAUCCGCUGGCUGUUUGAGACCUACCCCAUGAGCGAGCUGGCAGAGAAGCAAGAAUCUGAGGUCACAGACCCCGUGAGCAAGGCCGAGGCACAGUCGUGCACCUGGAUGUUUGGGACCCAAUCUCUGAACCAGGGAGAAGGCUCUGGGGAGCAGCACCUGCAAACCAGCCAGGUCCGGGCUAGAGACAGGCAGACAGACAGACAUGUCUUUGAGACUGAAUCUCUGCAGGCAUCAGGCCAGCCCUGUGGCAGAAGGCCUGUAAGGUACAGCAGCCGGGUGGAGAUUCCUUCAGGGCAGGUAUCGCGGCAGAAAGAGGUUUUCCAGGCACUGGAGGCCGGCAAGAUGGAGACACAGGAGGCCAAGAGAAGCCCUGAGUCCAUCCCCACAGGCUCUGUGCACAAAUUCACCUGGCUGUUUGAGAACUGCCCCAUGGGCUCCCUGGCAGCCGAGAGCCUCAGAGGGGACAACCUCCAGGAAGAACAGCCUAAAGGCUCUGCAGAUCGUGGGACCCCAGAGAGGCAGGAGACAGCGGCUGAGAGAACCCUCCGGACUCUGCACGCCACUCCCGGCAUCCUGCACCAUGGAGGCAUCCUCAUGGAAGCCCGGGGGCCAGGGGAGCUCUGCCUCGCCAAGUAUGUGCUCCCAAGUCCAGGGCAGGGGCGCCCCUACAUACGGAAGGAGGAGCUGGUCUGCGGUGAGCUCCCCAGGAUCUUACGCCAAGUGCUGCUCAGGGCAGAUGUGGACCAGCAGGGGCUGCUGGUUCAGGAGGACAUGGCUGGCCAGCUCCAGUUCCAUCCACUCAAGCUUCCAGGGCCAGGUGACACUGGGAAUAUUGAAGACAUGGACCCUGAGCUCCAACAGCUGCUGGCUUGUGGCCUUGGAGUCUCUGUGGCAAAGACGGGGCUGGUGAUGCAAGAGACGGGGCAGGGCCUAGUGGCACUGACCGCUUACUCCCUCCAGCCCCAGCUAACCAGCAGGGCCCCCGAAAGGAGCAGUGUACAGCUGCUGGCCAGCUGCAUAGACAAAGGAGACCUGACGGGCCUUCACAGUCUGCGGUGGGAGCCACCAGCAGACCCAAGUUCUACACCAGGCAGGGAGGAGUCCCAGGGGUUUCCCCCGGCUGAGAGCAUCAUACAGGUCGCCCCAUUAGACUCCACCAUGGAGAUGGGACACCGCAGAGUUUCAGGGGCCGCACCCUGCACACCUCCACCUCGGGCAGUUGGAAAAGUGGUGGCUCAGGUCCCGUUGCAGGAAGCGAGAAAGCAAGCAGAUACCAGCCCGGCUGGGCAGACAGUAAAAGCAGCCUUAGGAGAGCCAGAAGGAACCGCAGCUUCCCCUCUAGGGUCUGGGACCCCAGAUCUCCAGGAAGCCAUGCAAAACCUGCGGAUGGCAACUGCAGAGGCCCAAAACCUGCACCAGCAAGUUCUGAACAGACAUCCACGGGGCUUGGACCCCGUGGUCACCUCCAUGCCUAACCAAGAUGUUCUGCAAGCAUCGACUCCUGCCACCACGGUGAUCCAAGGCGACAUUGGGCCUGUGGCCAGAAGUGACGCCAGGAUCCCAGCAGCCCCCAGAAAGCUGCUGUGACAGAACCUCACCACCCAGCUCAAGGCCACCAGCACACAGACUCCAUCCAGCAGGCCUCCAAGCCCCUGCAGGACCCCCUUCUUCACACUCACAACAGACCUGCUGGCCAGAAAAC